AUGAGUACAUUGUGUGUCGACGGCGUCGGGUCGUUCGUGCCGCCCGCGUUUGGCUUGUAUCUUGUCUGCGGCGCCGCGCUCUUCUCGGUGCUGGUUGAGUUUCGAGCGCUCUCGUCCAAAGCGGCGCUCAACUGGCUUAUGCUGGCCAUGGGCGAUAUCCGCGCGUCUAUUUGCACGCUCCUCUAUGCCCAUUACGUCGCCUAG